AUGGCAGCACCACCCGAAGUCAACCUUGCAGCCCUGUCCGGAAAAUGGGUCCUGAACCGUGGCGUAGCCGAUGAUCCCGACCCAAUGCUAGCGUUCCAGGGUGUCCCCUGGCUGAAACGCAAAGUCAUUCUGCUCGCCACAGUGACCUUGUCCGUCAAGGAAUAUAUUGACGACAAGGGGAUCACACAUAUCGAUUUGGACCAGACUGCCACGGGCGGCAUCCAGGGCACCAGUGAACUGCGCAUCCUGGACUGGAGUGAGACCAUUCAUGAGGAUCACAUUUUCGGCAUCUUGAAGAGCCGCAACCGCUGGAUCGCCGACCCCAAGACAUGUGAGAGUGGAAACGGAGGGCCCCUCGAUCCCUAUCUGACCGAGGGUUGGCUGCACGAGAAAGUUGGCCCGAAUGGGGAGGGAUUCGUCCAGAAUUGGGUCAUGAACGAGGAACGAGGCUGGACCGCGGAACAGAUCUGGGGAUUUACCACGAUCAAGGGCCAACGGUAUAAGACUAGGAAGAUCCAUGUGAAGAAGGAAGAUGAGACGUUGAACGUUACUCUUGCGUAUGACUGGAAGGGAAAGUCGAAGGCUUGA